ACCAAAGCAGUUGAUCACCGAUGUAGUCGAUUACUCAACGCUUAUAGAUCAUUUUAAACUUGUAUGUAGGUAAACAUACUAACAUAUUACUUAAUAACAAAAAAUGCUAUAUACAGACCUGGUCGCCGCUCUGACCUUUCUUAUAAAACCCUUAUUGUGAGUGGUUUACAGGAGUAUGCAGCUAAGCUCGUCUGUUACUGAUCUUAACCUAUUUUUAAUUCAUUUUGUGUUUAUGUCGCUCUUCUCCACUGAGACGCACCGUACAGUAACGACAUUACUGCAUGGCAUCAAGUGGUGAAUAAGUCCUUGAACACAUUCAAGUCCUUAUUUCUUGCACUACCUGCGGUGUUUCGUAACGUCAAUGAACUUACGCAACAGCGCAACAGCGCUUUGUAUAACAGACGAAGCUGAAGUCAGUUUCUUUUUCGAAUUGUCCCGUUCCACCUUAAAUGAUGCAGCAGUAGCCCAGUUACCUAAAUGGUGGACAGGCGUGAGAACGGCACUGCAGCACCAUUUAAGGUGGAACGGGAUAAUUAUAACAAGAAGCCGGCGAAUAGGAAGCCAACUUCAGCCUCAUGUGUAAUUGAGCGUUUUGUAACGUGGACGGACACACAGCCGUCCGUGAAGAGAGCGAGGCCGAAGCAGGUGGUCAGUCUGGGGGCAGCAGAGGAGAAACUGCAGAAGGAAACUAAGAACAGCGCUGCUUUUGGUCUGCAGGCAGGAGAGAAUACACUGAAUUUACUUUGCGCUUUAAGGGUCGCUCAGGUUCUUUCUUCAGGGCACUUUGUCAGUAUUGCUGAACCUGCAGCGAGGGCAGCUGUACUCUCUGACUAUGUACAUUUCCUGACCACCCCUGGCAGUCACAGCGACACCUACGCUGAGUCAUUUCAUCGAUCCUUCUUCUCUGACUGGCAGGAGCUGCGCCCUACAUCACCCAUUAAGGUCUUGGACUUUGCAGAGAAACGCUGUAAAGAGAUGAUCAAUACAUCCUUCCCUGACAGUCAGCUUAAUGCUAUUGGCUGCCUUCCAAUGGCCAUCCCUUUUGUACUGCUCUCUGUUACAGCCAAUGAGGACAAAGCGGUGUCUGCUGCAGUAGAGUUUGUGAAGCUCACCCAUCCUUACCCAAAGCUGGACACAUUUGUGGCCUUGUAUGCUCGUGCGCUCCAUGCCACCCUGAACGGAGCCUGUCUGAAGCAGCAGGUUGAGCAGGCCCUCAAAUCUCCUGCUCUCAAUGCCUGGGACACUUGCCAGCACUACAUACACAAGGCAGAGAGGUUUCCAAACUCUUCAGAGGAGAGACUGAAGGUCCACCAGAAGGCUGCAGAAGCACUUGGCCUGGCCUGCUACACAAAAGGUGCUCUUAGCAGUCUUUUCUAUUUGGCUUAUGUCUUUCACAAUGACGUGAAGGGGGGAAUCCUAGUCAACACCAACUGUGGUGGUGAGAACUGUAACAGAGGUGCAGCUCUAGGGGCUCUCCUGGGGGCCAGGGCUGGAUAUGCUGGUGAAGCCAUUCCUCAAGACUGGAAGGAUGGCCUGAGGAGAGCAAAGGAGGAAAUUCAUAAUAUCCUGAAGAACCUGCCAUAAAGGCUGAUGUUGAAGUUUUCUCUGUUUUUCCCUGCUGCUUUUAAAUUGUUUUUAAUCUGUUUGCGCACAUGCUCUCACAUUCUGAUACGUGUUCACAUCAGUUACACAGGAAAUGGAGCCCACGAGGAUAUGUGGUUUCCAACCUCCACUGUGGCACCUUCCUUUCGCAGAAACAUGCUUGAUUUGAAUAUGAAAUUUAACCUAGAUUUGAUACAAAAAACAAGCUAUAAGAAAGAACAAACACAGUUUUUGUAGUUCAUUAUUGGACGGACUUGGUCAGUGCUGAAUAGACAGAUAAUUGGAUAGUCUGUUUUGGUAGUAGUAUGUAAUAUGAUAACAAUAACACCUUAAAAGCACCAUUUCUUUGAAUAUUUUAUCAUGCCUUCAACUCUUUUAGCACUUUAUAUCUUUCUUAAUGAAUAUAGUAAAUAAUAACCAUGUAUUGUAUGUUUUUUACGACACUGCAUAAGCUAUUUUAUUUAUACAUAUGCAUGCAGUUUACAUAUCAUUAUGCACAUUAUUAUUGAUUUUGAUGCACCAAUUAUUUUGUAAUUUGUUUAUAUUCAUUGAUAAUUCUGGGUAGUAGUCUGUUGCUGACAUUUAUAAUGCUUGAUUUUCCGAGUUGAAUGGCACAAUGAGGACAUAACUUGAAAUUGUAAUAUGUUUGUUUGAUCAUUUGAGUGCAAUGCCUGACUAUAACAUAUUAUUAUUUAGGAAUCUGAGAUUAGAUUGUUUGUACAAUUAAUUAAACCGGUAGAACUAAUUUAUGUUGGGCAAUUAUACCCUCAAAAUUUCAGAAUUAACUAAAUAUUAUGAUCAUUGGUGCUUUGAUUAUCUACUCUGUCUUUAAAAGAUAUAUACUAAUCAUUCUUGUCCCGAAGCACUUUCAGUUGUAUGUACUUAAGAAACAUAAUAAAUUAAUGAAUCCUUUUGUGACUGAA